CUUCACGCCACACUAAAAAAGGCCCAACACAGUUCUCCUCCAGCACACAAACGCAAGCACCCCUUUGUCUCUCGCUCUCUCUCUUUUUCUCCGCAGUAAGCAUUCACGGACUACAAAAUGGCGGCAACGGUCCCAGACAACUUGACGAGAGACCAGUACGUCUACCUAGCCAAACUGGCCGAGCAAGCCGAGCGUUACGAAGAAAUGGUUCAGUUCAUGCAAAAACUGGUGGUCGGUUCUACUCCAGCCGCCGAGCUGACAGUGGAGGAGCGUAACCUGCUCUCUGUGGCUUACAAGAACGUGAUCGGAUCGCUGCGUGCCGCGUGGCGGAUCGUAUCGUCGAUUGAGCAGAAAGAGGAAGGACGUAAGAACGAAGAACACGUGGUGCUUGUGAAAGACUACAGAUCGAAGGUUGAGAAGGAGUUGACGGAUGUUUGCGCCAGUAUUUUGACUUUGUUGGAAGGGAACUUGAUUCCGUCGGCCGUCUCGAGUGAGUCGAAAGUGUUUUAUUUGAAAAUGAAAGGAGAUUAUCACCGUUACUUAGCGGAGUUUAAGAUUGGUGAUGAGAGGAAAGCCGCUGCUGAGGAUACUAUGGUGGCUUACAAAUCUGCCCAGGACAUUGCAUUAACGGAUCUUGCGCCUACGCAUCCGAUAAGAUUGGGGCUGGCGCUUAACUUCUCUGUGUUCUACUACGAGAUUCUCAAUCAGUCUGAUAAGGCAUGCAGCAUGGCUAAGCAGGCAUUUGAGGAAGCAAUUGCUGAGCUAGACACUUUGGGAGAAGAAUCAUACAAGGACAGCACCCUUAUUAUGCAACUCCUAAGGGAUAACCUCACUCUUUGGACUUCAGAUGUGCAGGACCAGUUAGAUGAGCCAUGAGAUUGUGAGUGAGCAGUAGCGGUCCUAUUCUUCUUUUGGAGGAGGUGGGCUUUGAAUGUCAUUUGUUUGUGCUCUUUAAAAGUGUGUCAAUUUGAAGAAUGGGUGUCAACCAGUGAAAUUAUGUUUUGAUAUUCAGACUGAACUUUUCUUUUUGCUAAAUUCUAAAUGGUCUAAAUAGGUUAAGUGUUUGAUGUUGAUACCAGCUA